UCUCCCCUUCCAUCAGUGUUAACAAACAAACAAACCAACAAAGAAUUCUCUCAACACCAAACCUUCCAAAUUUCUCUCUCUCUCUCUCUCUCUCUCCAAAAUGGGGAACUUGCUGUCCUGCAAGACGACCACCGCCGGCGGCGGCCACAUCAUGAUCAAAAAGUACUACUCCGGAAAAAUCGCGGCAGCGAGAGUGAUCUUCCCGACCGGAGAAGUGCGGGCCAUCGAGGAGCCGACCAAAGCGGCGGAACUGAUGAUGGAGGCUCCGAACUUCAUGGUGGUCAACGCCGACAAUCUCAAGGUCGGGGCCAGGCUGUCCCCUCUGGCAGCCGACCACAGCCUCGAGAUCGCCAACCUUUACGUCAUGCUCCCGUUCCACCGCAAGCACUCCCCCGUCACCGCCGCCGAUCUCGCGUCGCUCUUCCUCGCGGCGGCGGAUUCCCUCGUGGUCCUCAGACGCCACGGACUCGGGAAAGUCCGCGAUCUCCCGUCGGCCGAAACUGAUCAGGGUCAGGAGGCCGAAGAGACGGCGUCGUAUCCGAGGCUGUUGGAAGGGCUGAACGACGAAACGGCGUCGUCGGACGCGGCCCAUUUCUUGGCCGUGCACAGGAUGUCUAUGUCGAGGUCGAGGAAACCGUUGCUCGAUACCAUCGUCGAGGAGCCGGCCGGCCGUCGUCGUCGCUCGAUUUGUUGAUCACCACUUUUGGAGUAUUGUUUCCUUUUUUUUUUUUGGCAGAAAACUUGGCCUAUCAUAUGUAUAGAAUUCUAUCUUUUAUAUAUAAAAAAUCAGACCACUACUCGAGUUAAUUUCUGCAUUUGUUUCUGGAACUUAUUUUUCCGACGAUCUUGUGUUUUUUUUGAAUAGUUUCAUUUUUUUAUUUGAUAACUCAACGAACCUCAGCCCCACGUGCCACUUGAGCGACAGCGAGGCCUACUAAACUACUGGGGUACCU